UUCCCAACUCAUACGGAAACAGGGUUUGUAGAUUUGACAAUAAAUGGGUUGUACUUGUAUAGCGCUUUUCUACCUUCAAGGUACUCAAAGCGCUUUGACACUACUUCCUCAUUUACCCAUUCACACACACAUUCACACACUGAUGGAGGGAGCUGCCAUGCAAGGCGCCAACCAGCACCCAUCAGGAGCAAGGGUGAAGUGUCUUGCUCAGGACACAACGGACGUGACGAGGUUGGUACUAGGUGGGAAUUGAACCAGGGACGCUCGGGUUGCGCACGGCCACUCUCCCCACUGCGCCACGCCGUCCCUAGCGUAGUUUUAAGGUGACCAAUGUGUCUUAAGUAUGGGGAAAGUUUCCAGUAGUAUGUAACAGUUAGUUAUGACGAGGCUUUUUGUCACCGGUGGUGGAAUUGCUCGCCUUAGUGACUCCACUCCUAUCCCUGUAGCAUUAGUCACUACAUUUCCAUUAACUAAAUUAGUCUGAUUUUUUUGUAUUUUUGCCCCUAAAUGCAACUAUUAGUCAUGCGCUAAUAGUUGGUCAAUAGUUGGUCAAUAGCUAUUGACUGGUUGACCUAUGACUUCACACCAGCUCCUGCAGCUCCUUACAAGUCAACAGCCCAGUUCUUGUUGUACCUGAUGUCCGCUAUAAUAUUGCUACAUAUUAGAAAGAUUAUGUCUUAAAUGUAUUGACUCUGAAAACGAUGACACUACUACCAAGAAGGUUUGGGAAUUGCUGAAUGCGGGAUAGAAGCAAAUAAUUGCCCAUUGUUGGCUCUGAAAGCCCCAACUAACAGACUGUACAGAAACUAAUAAUCCAUACGUAGACAGAUUGAUAGCGAGUGCCCGUCUCAAAAAGACACUUGGAAAAGUUUGACCGGAAUAUCUACAACGAUGGUUCAGCCACUGACGGGACAAAGAAUGGAAGCAGUCCAAUUGUCACCACAGGAUACAUGGAGCCCCCCAGCAUCACAUAUACAAUUGUGGUGCCAGCAAGCCGAUGAUGUUCCACCAACCAAGCAGAAAUGAGGGCUAUGAUGACAUCCCUGUGCUUUCUGACCUAUAUGGAGGAAGGAAUGUGAGUUCAAAUUGUAUCUGAUAGCCAAUCAGUCCUCCAGAGGCUGAAGUCACUCCACCCGUCCAGUCCCCUUAACAACGAUAAUAAAGCAAAGGCGCUGGAACUCCUUCAUGCAUCGUACCGGCAGCACCAAAAAUCCACUUUCAUGUGGUGCCCUUGCCACUCUGGGGUGGUCGGCAACGAGGCCGCUAAGCUCGGGGCAACCUGCGACCCUUCAGCAAGGCGAGAGUGAGGUUGAUGUACAGUAUGGAGAACAACAGACGUGAAGAGAAUGACCUGACAAGAAGUGAGCAAGUUACACUGCAUAGUGGCCAUCCCCCCAACCUGAAAAACUGGGUCGAGAAGAUCGGCAGAGUGGUCCACACCACCUGCAGAAAGAGCAGCUUAGGCGAAUAAACCAUGGAACCCAUGCUCCUUGAAUUCCCCUGUAUCCACCAUCGACCCACACUUUUACAGCAGAUUCUUAAAAACACUAAAGGGCUAUCAAAAAGAUGAUCUUUGACUAGCUUUUUUGCAGAAGUCCCUGAAAAACAGCCGAGCUCUCAUGACACUGACAGAAAAGUAGGGCAAAAUCAAAUUGGCCAACACUGGACUUUCUCAAAAUGUGGCCCCUAAAACCAUUCCGUUUAAUUUCCCUGAUUUAGGAGGCUUUAUCGGCAGAGUAGAUUAAUCUCAUUACUCCCUUUGUUAGCCAUUUUGUACUGGCAGUUUUUAUCUCACAUAGGGUUUGUGAAUGAUAGGCGAAAUGUUUUAAAAAGUGCAGUUUUCCUUUCAUGAACUGCACAAUCACAGGAAAUGCUUGGCUUGUGCAGCCUCAGGUUUAUGAUCCAUAGUGCGUAAAUUAUAUAUUGGAAUCGUAUAGAAAUUACAUGUUCAAUCCAGUUCAAUGGACAACUAGUAAUAGUCAUUGACAUCAUUAUUUGCAUAAAGACUCUACUGACCGUACGACACCUGUAUAGUGUACCUUGUUGGCAUAUCUUUUAAUCCCCCAGUGCAGUCGUAAGCAGUGCUUAGUUUUGAUUGGUUGUUGGUUACAAUUACAUCAGUGAUGAUGCUGCCACAUAGAUGAUGAAAGACACAAGAAGACACUAAACCGUCAUAGUUUCAUGAAGUUGGCUGACAUCAUUGACAUGUAAGUAUUCAUACUAGUAGGUUCAUUGAUACAAUGUGUAGUGGGUGGAUAUGUUAACGAGAGUGCUGUUUUUUUCCAGGUGCUGCGGUCAUGAACGUGUCGUUUGAAGUGAACCAGGUGCCAACGCUCCAGGAACACAUGAAAGUGCUGCUGUCCAUGCUGCCAUGUCUUCUUUUCAUCUAUAUCAACGGGGUCAUGCUGGUGACCCUGUUGAGAAAGCCUCACCUGCUGGAGACUUCUCGCUACAUCCUCUUUGGCCACUUGCUCCUCACCGAGUCCCUCCAGCUGCUGCUGGCCAUGCUGCUGUACAUCUUUGCCAUCACCACUGCCACCAUGAUCAAUCACCUCUGCAUGCUGGUGGUGCAACUGGCGGCCUUCACUGUGAAAAUGUCCCCGCUCAACCUGGCCGUGAUGUCGCUGGAGCGCUACGUGGCCAUUUGUUUUCCGCUCAGGCACGCCAACAUUGUCACCAUCAGGACAACCCGCAUCGCCAUCGUUGUCAUGUGGUCCAUGGCCUCCUUGGACUCAUUUGUCCAGCUGUUCGUCUUCGUCAGGCUGGAGAACAGCAGCUUCAUCGUGUCACCACACUGCGGGAGACACAAUGUGUGGCGACUAAAGAUUUACGCCACAAUAGACGCCAUUUUUAUCAUACUUUAUUUUGUGAUAGUGAGCGUCAUCAUCUUCUAUACAUACAUUGCAAUCAUUUUUACUGUCAGGUCAACUUCUACAAAUGUUCGGAACGCCAGCAAGGCUCGGAAUACGGUGAUGCUUCAUAUGUUCCAGCUGUGUUUGUGUCUCACCUCCACGCUCUUUAGCAUGAUCAAAUCUGGUGGCCCUUUAAGCUUAAAGCCCGUUCUUCAUUUCCAGUACGUUUUCUUUUUAGGUCUCAUUGUUUUCCCCAAAUGUCUAAGCCCGCUCAUUUAUGGCCUGAGAGAUAACACCUUCAGACACGCCUUCAGGGACUAUUUCAUAUUUGGCUGCAAAAGGAGUGUUCCAUCUUUAUCUUGAUUUCAAGCAAUCUAUUAUUUGUUUGCAUAGAAGAAGUAUGCUGAUUCACACAUUUUUCCCGAAAGCAAGAGAAAAAAAUAGCCCAUUGCCAAUCUUUUUAAAUUGUAUCUAAAACUGGCCCCAUGUUUUGGAAUAAACAGCCAUUUUGUAUAAAGCUGUCAUUAUUAAUUUAUGUUUUUUAUCUGACUUUCAUUUCCACCCCCACCUGUGCAAGACUAUUUUUUACACCAGUUCAUUUAAAUUAUUUGUGUAUUUUAGACAAUGAGCAAAUAUUCUUUAAAAAUAGUGUUUCCAGCACAAGGAACACACAAUCUUGUGUAAUAGCAAGUUAUGUUUAUUGUGCAACAUAUUAUUAGCCAAAAUGGGUAGAUUUUCGCUGGAAAUAACUAAAGAAAUUGGUAAAAUAUUAAAUUAUUGUAAUUUAGGUCUUAAUACACUAUCAUAUGUAUGUAACUUUUUGAACAGAUGCCCUCAGGCAGGAGAUACAGGACAAUAAAAUGCCGGACAAACCGAUUUAACAACACUUUUUAC